AUGGAUGAAUCCUCGUCCUUCAGGUGUACGGACACCUCAGGUUCCGAAACCCCUUCGGCGCAGCAGCAGCAGCAGCAGCAGCAGCAGCAGCAGAAGCAACAGCAGCAGCAGCAACACCACCAUCGCUUGCCAGCGCUGCAGCAGCACCACCGCCUCCACCAACAGGAGAGCCGUUCUUCAGUAUAUGAAUGGGGAUGUGGUGACGCAGCAGCAGCAGCAGCAGCAGCAGCAGCAGCGCCAGCAGCAGCAGCAUCAGCAGCAGCGUUCGAUGAGGCGCACAAGGAUGUAUUUGCAGGUGCCCAUACAUUUCACGUUCCCCGCUCUUGCUGCAGCAGCAGCAGCAGCAGCAGCAGUUCAGAGCCACUCGAGCUGCAAAGCUUGCAGAGCAGCAGCAACAGCUGCAGCGUGAGCAGUGGCAACAACAGCAGCAGCAGCAGCAGCAGCAGCAGCUCAUGCAGCAGCAGCAACUGCAUCAGUAUCUGUAGCGACAAUGCAACAACAACUUCUCCUCCGUCUUCAGAGACAAACAAUGACGAAGCGAUAGACAACCAGCAGCAGCAGGAGCAGCAACAGCAGCAGCAGCAGCAGCAGCAGCGGCAGCAAGAACGUCCUCGAUGGAUGCUGCGGCCGCCCCCAAAGCAUCUGCUGCACCGACUGGAGAGAGAAGCAUUCCGCUGCUGCUGCAGCAGCAGCAGCAGCUUCUUUACAUCCCCGAAGCUGCUGCAGCUGCAUGCGUUUACACCUCACCCUGCAAGCGGGCAUUUGCUGCAGCAGACGGGGGCUGCUGCAGCAGGUGCAUGCAGCGCGCAGCAUGCGACUGCAGCAGAAGCAGCAGCAGCAGCAGCUGCUGCUGCUGCUGCUGCUGCUGCUGCUGCUGCUGCUGCUGCUGUUGACGAAGCAACGACACAAAGAUGUCGUGCCGCUGAAACUGCAGCAACUGCUGCAGCAACUGCUACAGAGACAGCAGCAGAAACAGCUGCAGCAGCAGAGACAGCUGCGGCAGCAGCAGCAGCUGCUGCUGCUGCUGCAUGUGCGGCGUCUGCUGCACCCCCAUCUGCCAUAGGAUCUGCCCCAGUGCAAGGCUUGCUGCUGUCGAGCAGCUGCAAAGACAGCAGCAGCAGCAGCAGCAGCAACAGGAGCAGCAACAGCGAUGAGUUAGUUGGAAUCAGCUGCAGCUCCCGAAUGACGCCUGCUGCUGCUGCUGCUGCUGCUGCUGCUGCUGAAGGCGGAGAUGCUGCAGGUGCUGCUGCUGGUGUUGCUGCUGAUGCAGCGAAUGCUGCUUCUCAUGCAGCAGAGACAGCAGCAGCAGCAGCAGCAGCAAUGCAUCUCGAUGUGCUGCAGCAGCAGCGCAUGCUUCGGGGACUGCGUGGCAGCGGCAGCAGCUGCUGCUGCAGCUGCUGCUGCCGAAGCAGCACAAGCAGCAGCAGCAGACGAUCCAGGUGUUGUGCAUGCAAUGGAUGUACGCUGAAGGUCUGCUGCAGCAGCGAGAGCAGCAGCAGGGGCAGCAGCAGCAGCGGCCUUGAGUUGGCGCUGCAGCAGCAGCAAGGCUCAUAUGAUGUGUACAGCAAAGAAGCAGCAGCAGCAGCAGCAGCAACAGCAGCAGCAGCAGCAGCAGCAGCAGCAACAGCAACAGCAGCAAGCUGUCCUGAAGACAGUUUUUUAGACAGUAGAAGGGAGACAGCUGAUCCAGCAGCAGAAUCAGAUGCAGCAGGAGCAGCAACAACUGCAGCAGGAGCAGCAACAACUGCAGCAGGAGCAGCAGCAACUGCAGCAGGAGCAGCAGCAACUGCAGCAGGAGCAGCAACGGCCCCCGAUACAACAAGAGGAAGGGAGAUGCUGCAGGGGUUGUGCUGCUGCUCGUUGAGCCGAGAAGCAGCAGCAGCAGCAGCAACAGCAGCAGCAGAAGCAGCAGCAGCAGAAGCAGCAGCAGCAGAAGCAGCAGCAGCAGAAGCAGCAGCAGCAGAAGCAGCAGCAGCAGAAGCAGCAGCAGACAGUAGCGAUGGCUGUUGUUACAGUACCGCCUGGGGGGGCACAUCUGCAUUAGCAGCAGCCCCAGGAGCAGCAGGAGCAGCAGCAGCAGCAGAACCAGCAGCAGCAGCUGCAGCAGCAGCAGCAUCGGGUUUGCUGCAGCAGCAGGAUCCUGCUGCCUUUGGUUUCUGCAGCAGCAACAGCAGCAACAGAAGCAGCAGCAUAAACAGCAUCAUCAGCUUAGACAACCCCACCACCACCACCACCACCACAAGCACCAGCAACAACAACGGCAGCAGCAACGACAGCAGCAGCAGCAGCAGCAGCAGCAGCAGGAACGACAUCAGCAUCAUCAGCAGCAACAGCAGCAGCACCAGCGACGUCAUGAUCAGCAGCACCACGAGCAGAGCAGCAGCAGCAGCAGCAGCAGCAGCAGCAGCAGCAGCAGCAGCAGCAGCAGCAGCAGCAGCAGACGAAGCCUGA